GCUGGGCUCUAGUGCGAGCGGAGGGGAAGGGUAGCGAAUGACUAGCCUGGGUGGUGGUGGGAUUUUCUUUGCACGGUCUGGCAUCCCCUCUGGCAGAGCCCGGAGAUUGUAUCCAGAGACGGGCUGCCCCUCCUUGGUUGCUUUAGGAAGGGAUCGCUGCGUUGGCUGAGCGCUGCCUCUUGCGCUUGUUGCAUUGCGGGCGGUACGCGGUGUGCAUCGGUGCCCGAGGGGAUCGCUCCUUGUGCACCAUGAAAGCGGUCAGUCCCGUCCGCCACCCCAGCAGGAAGGCACAGGCGGGCUGCUGCGGGGGCGCUGGAGGAGGCGGCGGCGGAGGAGGAGGUGGCGGAGGCGGGCAGUUGGCUCUGCGCUGCCUGGCCGAACACGGCUGCAAGGGGGCCCCGUCGGGCGAGGAGCCGGCGUCGCUGUGCCUGCAGUGCGAUAUGAAUGACUGUUACAGCCGGCUCCGGAAGCUAGUGCCCACCAUCCCGCCCAAUAAGCGGGUCAGCAAAGUGGAGAUCCUGCAGCAUGUCAUCGACUACAUCCUCGACCUGCAGCUGGCUCUGGAGACGCACCCGGCUCUGCUCAGGCAGCAGCAACAGCAGCCACCUCCGCUGCACCCAGGGAGCUGUCCCGCAACCACUCCCCGGACCCCGCUUACAGCUCUCAACACCGACCCGGCUGGCGCUGUUAACAAGCAGGGGGACAGUAUUCUGUGCCGCUGAACUGCACUCUCAAGGUGUGCAGCAGGCAGAUCCAGAGCCAGAGGAGCAGAGAAAAACACAUUAGAGAGGGAGGGGGAAAAAGAAAUAUCAGCCAUCAGAUGAGAGGAAAAAAUAAUUCAACCCCAGAAUCGUUUCCAUGUUUCCUUCUGAGAGAGAACCUUUCACCGUUUUGCACGUUCAUAGCAUUUUAAACAUGUCUUUUUUUCCUGUGCAUUUUAUAUCAGAUGUGAAUUGUUUGUUUAUUUUGGUGAGAGGAGACUUAAAACUUAAGCAGAAAAGUGUGGCUCUUCUGUUGGAUAGAAGAUCGAGAGUAAAUCAAACUUUAGAAGUAUAACUGUAAGGGACCGAGCAGCUGAAUUUUUGAAGCUUUACUAAUCUACCAGAGCAUUGUAGAUAUAUUUGACAUCUAUUGUUUAAAAUAGAUGAUUUUAUUGGGGCCCAGGGAACUUUCUUCUCCCUGCAGGAAUGUUACAUAUUGUAUAGAUAUAUGAGUGACAUUUCAUACUGUGUAUAUAUAGAGAUGUUCUAUAAGUGUAAGUGAGAAAAGUAUAUGCUUUAAUAGACUACUGUAAUUAUAAAAUAUUUUUAAUUAAAUAUUUUUUGUAAAUAUUAUAAAGGUGUGUAUGUUUUUUUUAAUGUGCGGGAAUAUUUCUUUAGAACAUUAUUUACAGCUCAGGUACAGAGCUGUUAAUAUGAAAAUAUCUUGACAGUUAAGGUUUUUGCCCAGUGUCUUGGAAGUUACAGCUAUAGCUAGUGGUCCUGCAUGAUUGCAUGAGAUGUCUAAUUGCAAAUAAACUCGUGUUGAGUCCAUACAAACGUGUUUUCUUCAAUCUAGAUUAAAAUGUUGGUAAUUGUAUUAUACAUUUUGAAACUACACUUUUGUCAAUUAGGCACAAGGGUUUUUAGUGCAUUAUAUACAAGUAGUGUUAAGACAGUGUUUUUUUACUGAGAUUGGAAAAACAAAUUCUAUCUACUUUUUCAUAUCGAAGGCCAAUGCUUUAGGUCUUUAAUCAGCUUUUGUAAAAUCUGCUGUUGCAUCAAAAUCAAGAAACUUACUGUGGAACUUCUUUUAACAGCAAAAGGUUUAUUGUCACAAACUUUCAUUCUUAUAGCAUAUUACAGUUAAAAAGUGAACACAGUUCUCUGCUUGGAACCAAAGGGCAAACCAUUAACAAAUGAACAGUUACUGUUUCGUCCAAAGAAUAUUGAUAUGGGAUUGUGGAAAAGCACACAAGCAAAGUCAUUAUGAUCAGUGAUGUAAAUCCAUCUUAAAAUGAACUUUAAGUAGACCAAAAAUCAGAUAACUGCAUCAAGAUUAUUUUUCUAAUACAAAAUGAGUUUCAUUUCAUUGCAGCUAUGUUAAGUUAAAAUCCUGUUUAAUCUCUGUGAUGUGUAAAUUCUACAUGUGAACAUUAAACUAGAUUUACGUGUCUUUGUACUGUGAUUCUUCUGCUUAUUUCUUCAAUCCUCUAAAUUUAUACAAUUGCUUCACUUUCUUAUACGUGUUGCUUAAUGGAUGAGUUCAUUUUAUAGCAGUCUUAUGUACAAUAAAGUUUUACAGUCUAUAAAGUAAUGUCCGAGCUAUGAGAAAGUUAUGCAUUUUGUGUGCUCAGUAGUUCACGCACCAGUGAGGUGGGAUUUUCAGACAGUGGGAGAAUUAAGCAGAAUUUAAUUGGGUGCUUUGUAAAUAGUUAGCCAACUGUGUGUGUAACAUGGUCUGUUUGAUUUAAAAAGUGGGAGGAUUUGUUUUAGAUUAUACAAGUGUCAAAAGUGUUAGGGCCCAAGGGACUUUUUUUAUUAUGUUAAAUAUUUAUGAGGAAAUGAACUGCUGUGGUGGUUAGCUAACAACUAAAGUGGUAAUAUGUUAACAAGAUGAAUAUUUUCUUGAAAUAAUUGCAUUAAGAUCAAACAAGCCAAAAAAACCAGCAAACACUUAUCUGCAAACAUGCCACUGCAAAUCUGAUAAAAUCAAUGGAGUUUCAUAUGUGAAAAACUGUUUUAAGAGACAAGAAACAGGUUCUGAAACUUCCUAUAGUCCCACCUUUGAGGUUGUAAUAAUGUUAGUUUAAUAAACUAAAUAUAAAUUCUUGUAACAUCAAGUAAUGCUUCUCUGAAGUAAAAAUAUU